CGCUUUACGUUGCUACCAUUCGUGUUGCUGUGCAUCCCAGAUUAUACUAUUUUGAGUUUUCAGUUGAUGAAACAAGAGAAAUCCAAAUCCUAUAGGCACGUGUGUUCUUGGAGAGAUGUUGAAGAAGGACUGAGAGAAGAAGUAAGAGAUUAAGUUGUAAGAUGAGACUGAGAAGUAAUACACUUAGCAAGAAGCUUCUUCCUCCUUCUUCUUCUUCUUCUUCUGUUUCCUAUUAUGCUGUCUCACGCAUUGCGCUUCUUUGCUUUUGCGUUUACCUUUUCUGUCUCUCCUUUACUUCACCUACGCCAAAUCAGCUUCCACAUUCCCUCUCCAUCACCAACCACUCUUCUCUUGAGCUUCAUUCCAUCUCCUCCUCCAACCAAUCUUCUCUUGCCACUUCUACGGAGCUUCCUCGUUCCAUCUUCAUCACUAACCAUUCUUCUCUUUUCGCUUCUCCACCUCCACCACCAGUUUAUGUCUAUGAGGAGCCAUGCGACUACACCAAUGGCAGAUGGGUCCGUACCAAAGGAGGCCCUCAAUAUAAUGCUACCAACUGUGUUAAGAUGAAAAGAAAUCAAAAUUGUAUAGCCAAUGGAAGACCUGAUUUGGGGUACCUUAAUUGGAAAUGGAAACCAAGAGAAUGCAAUCUUCCAAGGUUUGACCCUAAUACUUUUCUCCAACUCAUUAGCAACAAGCAUGUAGCUUUUGUUGGGGACUCUGUGUCCAGAAACCACCUAGAGUCCCUUCUUUGCUUGUUAACCACCGUCACAAAACCGAACCGGGUUCGCCACCCAGGUUCUCGUCGGUGGCGCUUUCCUUCUCACAACGCUGUCUUGUCCUUCUAUUGGUCCCCAUUUCUUGUCCAAGGUGUUCAAAGAAAACUCCGAGGACCACCUCGUUAUAACACAAUUCAUUUGGAUCGUGUUAAUAUGAGGUGGGAGAAGGAUUUAGAUGAAAUGGACAUGAUUGUGUUGUCCCUUGGGCAUUGGUUUACUGUUCCUUCAGUUUUCUACGAGGGAGGUAAAGUUAUAGGAUGCGUGCACCGUCCUGUUUCUAGUUGCAAGAGAGACAUUGGUUUUUAUGGUCCAUUAAGAAGGGCUUUGAGGACUGCUCUUAAUAGCAUAAUUCAGAGGAAGAUGAGAAACAGAAAUGGAGUUGAUGUAAUUGUGAGAACAUACUCGCCUUCUCAUUUUGAAGGUGCUUGGGAUAAAGGGGGAACUUGUUCAAAGACCAUGCCUUAUGGAGUGGGGCAGAGGAAAGUUGAAGGGAUGAAUGCUGAGAUCAGAAGGAUUCAGAUGGAAGAAUUGGAAAGGGCUAAGGCAAAAGCCAAGAAAUUUAGAAGGUUUAAGUUUGAGGUACUUGAUGUAACAAAAUUAGCAUUGUUAAGACCAGAUGGCCAUCCUGGUGCUUAUAUGAAUCCUUUUCCAUUUGCUAAUGGGGUUAAUCCAAAGACGCCUGUGCAGAAUGAUUGUGUUCAUUGGUGCUUGCCAGGACCUAUAGAUACAUGGAGUGAGAUCUUUCUCCAGAUGUUGAAAAACAUGGCACGAGCAGCCAAGAAGUGAAGAGUGAAGCAUUUUCCUCAUAUCUUGUCAAUUCAUUGCAUUAAUUUUUCUGCCAUACAGGUGGUGUGUAGCAUUAGAAAGUAGGAAGAGUAUUUAAUUUGAUUUUCUCAUUGGCAGGGUACUAACAAUUCUAGAAUGUAUUUGGGUUUACAACUGGAAUGAUGAGAAAUGAGAAUUGAUUUUAACUAUA